ACAGUCAGUGAAAGUAACUCAACACACAAAAUUACAACAAAACAAUACUUUAGACAAUAUUAUAAUUUUCAAGUUUUUUUAAAUACGAAAAAGGUUUUGAUUUUUUGAAUCUUUAAUGUUUCCGGUUUCUUUCCAUCUGUGUGGCUUUUAUCACUUGCUUCAGUCCUGAUUUCUGGGUGUGCAGUGUUUUUUCACAAGAGUUUUCAGAGACUCAGGACUGCUUCAGGCCACCGUGUGGAUAGGUUUGCGCACGUGCGCACGUGCACACGCGCUCUUUAAUUGAUUAUUAUGUGAUGUAACUGAUGACCAGGCACGUUGUUCUGCGCCUGUUUUGCAACCAAAGCACGGACUCCAACAUCCUUUUUCUAUUUUUUUUUCUUUUGGGGAGGGGAACGCCCACAGCCGAAUCCAGCUGAGACCCCUCCCUUGUCCUGAAGGGAUCCUCCAACCCGGAGCCACCGAGGCUGAGUUUAAAAGCCAUCCGCAAAGAUGCGUCUGCAGAGAGGAAGUGUGCGCCUCCAGGUCCCGUCAGACUCUCCCUAACCUCAGCUCAACCAUGGCGGUGCUGAACGGUUUCACGAAGUGCUGGAGGACUUUCCCAGCCCAGCAGCUGGGGCUCUUUCCGCGCGCUCUGCACAAGUCCGCGGCCAGCGAGGCUCUGGAGAUCCCCGCCACCGGAGAGGAGGCCAUGCCCGGCAGGCUGAUGGCACCGGUGGCGGAGGAGGUCCGUGACAAAGCCCAGUCCACGUCCCAGGAGACCCGGAUCAAGAGCCUGAAGGAGAUGCCCGGACCCGGCACGCUCUCCAACCUGGUCGAGUUCUUCUGGAGAGACGGCUUCAGCAGGAUCCAUGAAAUCCAGAUGGAGCACCGGAUGAAAUACGGAAAGAUCUUCAAGUCUCACUUCGGACCACAGCUGGUGGUCUCCAUUGCAGAUCGGGACCUGGUGGCCGAGGUGAUACGGGCCGAGGGCGUGGCCCCUCAGAGAGCCAACAUGGAGUCCUGGCAGGAGUACAGAGAUGGGAGGGGCCGUUCCACCGGCCUCAUCUCAGCUGAGGCCGAGGACUGGCUGAAGAUGCGCAGCGUCCUCAGGCAGCUCAUCAUGCGUCCCCGAGACGUCGCCGUCUUCUCGGACGACGUGAACCAGGUGGUGGACGACCUCGUCAAGAGGGUGCUCCACCUGCGAGCACAGCAGCCCGACGGCGCUACCGUCACCAACGUCAACGACCUUUUCUUCAAAUACGCCAUGGAAGGUGUGGCGUCCAUUUUGUUCGAGUGCAGACUCGGUUGUUUGGAAAAUGAGAUCCCCAAGGAGACGCAAGACUACAUCGCUGCCCUGCACCUGAUGUUCAGUUCCUUCAAGACCACCAUGUAUGCUGGCGCCAUCCCCAAGUGGCUCCGCCCCCUUUUUCCCAAACCCUGGGAGGAAUUCUGCGACUCCUGGGAUGGUCUCUUCAGUUUCACCAUGCUUCACGUCGACAAGAGGUUUUCGUCGAUCAAGGCCCAGCUGCAGCGGGGGGAGGAGGUCAAGGGGGGCCUGCUCACGCACAUGCUCAGUACGAUGGAGAUGAGCCUGGAGGCGAUCUACGCCAACGUGACGGAGAUGCUGCUGGCCGGGGUCGACACGACGUCCUUCACCCUGACGUGGGCCAGCUACCUGUUAGCGCAGCACCCUCACAUCCAGGAGCAGAUCCACUCAGAGGUCACCCAGACCCUGGGACCCGGGGCGGUCCCCACAGCCGACGACGUCCCCCGUCUGCCUCUCAUCAGAGGACUCGUAAAAGAGACCCUCAGGCUCUUCCCGGUCCUCCCAGGGAACGGACGGAUUACCCAGGAUGACCUGGUGGUGGGAGGAUACUUCAUCCCCAAAGGGACCCAGCUGGCUCUGUGCCACUACUCCACAUCCAGGGACGAGGAGAACUUCACCAAUGCCUCAGAGUUUCAGCCGGACCGCUGGGUGCGCAAAGACAUGACGGACCGCGUCGACAACUUCGGCUCCAUUCCCUUCGGCCACGGCAUCAGGAGCUGCAUCGGCAGGAGGAUCGCAGAGCUGGAGAUGCACCUCGCUCUCGCACGGCUGAUUCAGAAAUUCCACAUCGGCGUGUCUCCUCUCACCUCUGAGGUUAAAGCCAAAACUCACGGGCUGCUCUGCCCCGCCGCCCCCGUUAACCUGAGCUUCAUCCAACGAGAGAGAUAGAUUCUUCUCCAGAAAGAGUUCUGCUGCACCGGAUCUGUGCAGAGGAGAGGCACAAAACAAGAAAAAAAAGAAACCUUUAGAGCCUUUUACUCAGACGACAGACAUGUCCUUCCUGUUUGUUUGACACAAAAACUGUGUAAAAAAAGCCAUGAACACUGUUUUUACUGUUUGAUGAAUGGGUGAGAACCACUGCAGCUGUUUUUUAAUCUUUUAUUCAUCCUGUUUGAUGUAAGAAGAUGAAAUACAGUAUCUCCAUACAUGAUUUCGUUUUUGGUGAAAUCGCAUAUUUUCCUCUAAAUAUGAGAAACAAAUUCACUAGAAGUCAUUGUUUUGUUCUGUAGCAGUACAAAUACUCUUUAAAUACUAUUUUAAAGCAGGAUUUUAAUCCAUGUACUGGAUACACAAACUACAAUUAUGCAGCUGAAUUAAAAUAUGUGCAAGCUUAUAUUUGUACGACAAUAAUUUUUAAAGAACAAAAAGUUUGUCUUAAUGUUUCCUGUGUGCAGAGGGUUGCAGAAAGUGAGUAUUUUUGUAUUUUACUGUUUGUUUUUUGUUUUUGUAAGAAUAACUUGCAUGUUGAGGAUGGUUUGUUGAAAAGUAAAGUUGUUUAAAGAGAGAAAUGGGUUCACGGAAAGGAAAAAUAUUUUAGUUUUUUAUGGACACUUUUGUCUCUUUUUGUUUGUAGUUCCAGUGAAACUGGGAAAUAAAAAUUAUAAUUUUA